CUCUCUCUCUCUCUCUCUCUCUCGCAAGGCCUCUUUGCAUGCGGGAUGGACAUUUUUUUAAAUGGGAAUAAAGUCCCCAUGCAAGGGCAUCAAGGUCCUAAUAAGUUUAAAAGCCUAAUUUUUAACACAAGGAAGGAAGACCAGUACUAUUUUCAUCAGGUGCAACCGAUUUGUGUCCUCCUCCUGCCUGUGAUUCAAGAAGACUUCCAAAGAGGAAGCAAAAUUUUGCCCUUUUACUAACGUAACAUCUUUUGCCCAAUAUAUGUGACCACUUUUUUAGAUUCAAGACAAUAUGAAAAAAGCUACCCCAUUUAAAGGAGUAUGUCUUCACUCUAACCUCGGGGGGUCGUGUUUCCAAUGAGAUAACUCACACCGGCGCUGCCAUGCAGCCGCCAUAUAACUUCCAGCGCUGCCAGAAGCCUUUUUCCAUCAACAGUCACUUUGGGGGCCUUACGAUCUUAAUUGCAAUUGAACGGUUAUUAGAAACACCUGUAAAGCGGAGGUAUACUCGAAUAGUUAAAAGUCCCAGUGCUGUUAUAUUCUGUUCCAGCACUCAUGCACUGCCUGUUGUCCAAUCAAAUGACUUUGUUAACAAUUCGUAAUUAUGAAUUGUUGUUCAAUAUAUGUUUAACAUACUAUUAUUUACUUGUACUAUUAUUUCUGUUUAUUAAAUGGUAUGUAAUAUUGAGUGUGCCACUAAUACAUCAUUUAUACUUUUGAGAAUGAUAUAAUUCAAUAUGCUAAUAUCGGUUGAAUCUAACAAUAUUAUUUCUCUACUCCUUAGUUUGGAGAAAUGUUUUUCUUGAUUUUUAGGGUAAUGUUUCAAAGAAUCCAUGCCGGGCUGUGGUCGGAGGAAGAAAAGCGAAGGUCACUUCAAACCAUACAUCGUUUUCAAAGUAGCCUAGGCCGUCUGGUGAAGUACCCUUGCAUUCUAACCAUAGAAUGCAAGCUGGAGCUGUGGAUCCUUCGUCUGAAUAGUAUCAAGUAUUUAAAGGCAGGAGUCUUUCAAUUCAAUGUCAACCGGAGGACAGUGCAGCAGGACACUUUUCAAUUCCUGCGGACGUCAUCCCAUGACCCAAAAUCAAAACUUAAGGUGAAGUUUAAUGGGGAAGAUGGUGUUGAUGAUGGAGGUGUGUCAAUGGAGUUCUUCCACCUCCUUGCUAAAGAACUUCAGAAGGCAGAACCACAAAUACUAGAAGUGAACGAGCACGGAGUGGCCUGGUUCAGCAAGAAUGUCGCCCAGCUGACUGAUGAGUUCUUCCGACUGGGCACGCUCUGUGGCAUGGCUCUGUAUAACCAGUGCCUGAUGAACAUCCCCUUCCCCUUGGCUCUCUUCAAGAAGCUCCUGGGCUUAAAGCCAACCCUAGACGACCUCAUGGAGCUGUCGCCAACUGUUGCACAAAGCUUAAAGGAACUGUUGGACUAUGAAGAGGAGGCUUUUGAGGACCUACAGUUAGAUUUCGGAGGGGAUGCAGAAGGUUUUGAUCUUCUACCCAAUGGACAGUCCAUUCUAGUGACCAAAGUCAACAGGCAGAAAUAUGUGGACCUCCAAGUGGACAUGGUGUUCAGCCGCUCGGUGAAGCAUCAGUUCAGGAAGUUUGAAAGAGGCUUCUCUAAAGGCUGCCCUUCACCUGAGUGGAGAAUGUUCCUCCCUGAUCAACUCAUGACGCUCCUCAAAGGAGAGGAGAUCUUCAACUGGGAUGAUCUGAGACAGAAUGCAAAAUAUCAAGGCUGCACAUCCAAUGAUGAAGUCAUCCAAAACUUUUGGAUUGUCUUGGCAGAGUUCUCCGUGGAGCAGAAGAAGGACUUCCUCAAAUUCCUAUCUGGAACGGACAGAAUUCCCAAAGUUCGCAGUUCAACAAUCAAGAUAAUCAUCAAGUUGUCGUGUUACCCAGAGCCUGAGCUGUACUAUCCAAUGGCCGCGACAUGCUACUGGACUUUGAUUCUCCCCAACUACAGGAACAUCCAAACACUUCGUCAGAAACUCCUUCAUGCGGUCAAGUAUUGUGAUACUUUUGGAUUACAAUGAAAUAGUUUAACCUGAUCGAGACUGCUACGUAUGGUGGCAUAUCAAUGGACAAAUUGGCUGGCAUAUCACUGGACAAAUUUGCUGAUUAUAAUUCGAAUCAUAUAAAUUUCACUUGUGGUUGGUGGACCACACAAUUCUGAAAUUGGGACAAAGUAGAAAGCUGGCUUGUGUUAAUUGCACUAGAGACAGUGUUUUCCCUAGGAUUGAGCUACAGCAGCGGAGUUUAAAUGGAUUUUUUUGCUGGCAAAUCUUUUUGUGUGCUCGCAAAGCGCUGCCUGCCGGGAUGUUUCUAUGCGUCUUCCGGCACCAAAAGGGUGUACAUACAGUACAUUUGUGCACAUUAAUGAGCAGGGAAAAAUAUGGAGGGAUUAAACAUAAUACAAGUAGAAUCUUUAAAACAACUAUUUACAUUUAUUUUACAAAAGUUAUAUUAUAUCAACAACCAGCCUAUACAGUAAAAUCACAUAACACAAAUACUACAACAAUCGAGAAGGUCUGUGCCUCCAACCAAUGCAUCUUCCCCUCUCCCCAUCACAAAGGUCGUAGUAGGACCAUAAAGAGGCAAUGCUUCUGUUGAACAAGUUUUGGGGCUCUAGAGUCAAUAGUGGCGACGCUACUGAAAUUGUUGCUAUAAAAAAAGUAUAUUGAUUUUUGCUAAAAAGAAAUUCCUUAAAUAUAAGUAGAGAUAUAUUUUUCAAAACUAAAGGUUGCAAUAACCAUGCCUAUAUGGAAAUCGCUUUGGGGCUCUAGAGUCAAUAAUGGCGCUGCUAUUUAAAUUUUACCAUUGUGCUCGUUUUCAGUUGUGCACUUUGCAGACAGUCCCUAAGCUCGCGGUUGAAAGCCUACAGCUCACAGAAGCCAAUGCAAUUCACCGUUCCCUAAAGACAGCUCGUUUGGAUGAAAACCAUGUUGUAGAUGGUUUUAUAGGUUGCUACAUUACUAGAGGUGCUUAGCUAGAGGGGUCAAUUGUGUCGCAACAAUGUUUCACUGAUGAUCUAUUGAACCGCAAACUCCGAAUCUGCCAAUUUAUUUCCAACUUUACGGAAGUUCCUCUCCGUUCAUAUGCUUUACUCACAGGUGUGUGAAUUGACCUUGAUAUAAAGCUUCCGUAGGGCAAAAUAACAUUAGUUUUUUAAAGAGAUAAGACAGAG